GCGCGGUCUCACGAUCGUGCUGCACGGGCUGACGUGAAAACGUCACAGCGAAGCGAAACCUGAUCGUACGCAGCAGGUGUGGUCGAACGAGCGCCAUCACGUCUCCGAGUAUCGACUGACAACAAACAAAGUCACCUGUCUGCGUGUCCUGAAUUUAAGGGUACCAUAUCCAGCAGACCUUGCGCAAUGAUGUCGCCAGUGUGAUCUUCUGGGAAGUAGGAUGUUUGCAAACAGAAGCUUUGCAGUUGCCAUUUUUCGUCAAUGAAAUGCACCGUCAGGAAGAGGAUGAAGGUAAAAAUAUGAGCAAAGAAAAUGUCAGGGAAAGGAAGCAAGCAACAGCAAAGACAGUUUCACCAAACAGAGCUAUAUUUCCAGGUCCCCAACACAUGCUAUCCCAUUGUCUAUUCUCCAGAAUACAAUAUUACUUUUAUGGGCUUAGAAAAACUUCAUCCCUUUGAUGCAGGGAAAUGGGGGAAAGUUAUCAACUUUUUAAAAGAGAAACAUCUAAUAACUGAUGACAAUAUAGUUAAGGCUCGAGAAGCUACAGAGGAGGAUUUGCUGGUUGUACACACCAGGGGAUAUCUUAACAAGCUGAAGUGGUCCAUCGUGGUGGCUACAAUCACAGAGAUUCCACCUCUACUGCUUCUCCCAAAUUUUCUGGUUCAAAGGAAAGUACUUCGGCCCUUGCGGACACAGACAGGAGGAACAAUCAUGGCGGGCAAGCUAGCUAUCGAAAGAGGAUGGGCAAUCAAUGUUGGAGGUGGCUUUCAUCAUUGUUCCAGUGACAAAGGUGGGGGCUUUUGUGCAUAUGCCGAUAUCACAUUAGCCAUCAAGUUCUUGUUUGAGAGGGUCGAAGGAAUAUCCAAAGCAACAAUUGUUGAUCUAGAUGCACACCAGGGGAAUGGCCAUGAAAGAGACUUUAUGGAUGACUCUCGAGUUUACAUUAUGGAUGUCUAUAACAGAUACAUAUAUCCAGGAGAUGGAUUUGCAAAACGAGCAAUAAAAAGAAAGAUUGAACUGGACUGGGGCACAGAGGACCAGGAAUACCUUGAGAAGGUAGACAUGCAUGUGCAGGGAGCACUAAAUGAAGUUCGACCUGAUAUACUAAUUUACAAUGCAGGCACUGACAUCUUGGAUGGUGACCCCCUUGGGGGCUUGGCAAUUUCUGCACAGGGAAUUGUUAAAAGGGAUGAAAUAAUCUUCAAAGCUGCAAGAGAGAGGAAUAUCCCAAUUCUCAUGGUAACAUCUGGUGGCUAUCAGAAGAGGACUGCCAGGAUAAUUGCUGAUUCUAUUAUCAACUUGCAUAAUCUAGGUCUCGUGGACUGUAAUGCAGCUAGCAGUGAAGCUGGGCCCUCUCGUGUCUCUCUGCUGAUGAAUGCACCCUUGUUAGCAGCCACACAGUUGUCAUCCCACUGACCAUCAGCUCAUUGAUGAAUAGCAACCUCUAAGUUCUAACACUUAAAGUUCUGUUCAGUUUAAUACCAACGUAGCAGAAACGUAUUUUGUGACUGCUCAUACUUGUUUGUGAAAGUAUCUUAGUUACAGUUUGCUAUGCAGUAACAGAUGUAUACCUUGCCCUUUUUCACAUUUCUGGAUCAGUUCAACACACUUAUCUUAAUUUUCUUCUGGAUGAUGUCAAGUAUUCUUUACUCUGUGACCCUUACGGAUUGAAUAAUAAUUUUCAUCUAACCUUUCUAAGGUGUAUUGUACUUCUUCCUAAACUACAUAACAAUUGAUAUUUAAAUCAACUUAUCUGUUCACUGGCUCUGGGUGCACUGACUUGUUUUGAUUGAUGUUUACUUGUGGUUCUCAGAUUAGUUUUAAUGCUGAGUGUAUCAUAAUAUGAUAGAGUGUACUGUCAUUAAAAUAAUUUUAAACUACAA